AUGGGUUUCGUCGAGGAUGAGCUCAAGCAGCUCAAGGAUGUCAUCUCCAACCUUGACUCGCGGAUCAAGAGCCUCGAGCAGCGCGCUACCGGGUCGGCCCCUACCACCCAGGAGAUUCGCAUGAUUCUCAUCGGCCCUCCUGGCGCAGGCAAGGGAACCCAGGCGCCCAAGAUCAAGGAGCGCUUCUCCUGCUGCCAUCUGGCCACCGGCGACAUGCUGCGCUCCCAGGUCGCCAAGAAGACCCCUCUCGGUCGCGAGGCGAAGAAGAUCAUGGACCAGGGCGGCCUUGUCAGCGAUGACAUAGUCAUCGGCAUGAUCAAGGAGGAGCUGGACAACAACAAGGAGUGCCAGGGCGGCUUUAUCCUUGAUGGCUUCCCCCGCACCGUCCCCCAGGCAGAGGGCCUCGACGCCAUGCUCGGGGAGCGCAACAAGAAGCUCCAGCACGCCGUCGAGCUCCAGAUCGACGACUCCCUGCUCGUCGCGCGCAUUACCGGGCGUCUAAUCCACCCGGCUUCGGGCCGCUCCUACCACAGCACCUUCAACCCUCCCAAGGAGCCCAUGAAGGACGACAUCACUGGCGAGCCUCUCAUCCAGCGCAGCGACGACACCGCCGACGCGCUCAAGAAGCGCCUCGGCACCUACCACAAGCAGACCGCCCCGGUCGUUGACUACUACCGCAAGAACGGCAUCUGGCAGGGCAUUGACGCCAGCCAGCAGCCCGGCCAGGUUUGGAAGAACAUGUUGGAUAUUCUUGAGGGCGACAAGAAGGGCCACGCCACGGGCAUCCUUUCCCGGAUUGCUGGCAAGAGCUGA